UUUCAUCCCAAAGACUUGCUUUAGGACGCAAAAGCUGUCAUUCACCUCAACAGAACAGAUGGGCUGAGGGCUUGUAAAGGGUCAUUUGGAUUUUUUUUCCUCUGGGGAAAAAUGUCUGUUUGCCAUCUUACAAAAACUUCUUCUUUGCAGUUUAUAUUGCGAAUAGACUCAUAAGUUUGAAUAAGUAUAUCCAAACUGCUUUGAAUUUUCUGUAUUAUCUGUGCCUGAAGGCAGCUAGGGACGAGUGUUUGCACCCAGGUACAGUGACAGAAGGCAAGCACAAAGACUGUGGCAGUCUCAAAGGAACACUCCCCUCAGGAACUGACUUUCUGAGGAAGCAGCUAGGAGUCCUGGGCACGCCUGCUGUCACAAGAAAGGAGUGUCCCAAAGGCUGUUCCAAGAAACUGCAGUUGGUAGCUAUAAAACUCUUAUCUAAUUCACUGGAAGCACAAGGCUGUUGUCUCCGUGUUCCGCUCCCUUCAUCUUUCCCUUUCUCUCCCUCUUUUUUUUUGUUUUAAACUCUAGAGACUUGAACUGUAUACUUCCAUGGUCUAAUGGUGUUUUUAAAUGGAAAAUUAUUAGGAAAUGCUGUAAGGGAAGUGUUACUAUCUUGUAGUACAAUUCAGCUUGUGGCAGGAAGGUCCUUGAAAACCAGGUGCUCUGUUUCUGAUCUUAAUCCUUUCUGACUGGCUGCUGUGCCACAAUGGCAUGAGCUGUGUGUGUUUGGAGGGUUUAUCUCGGGGACCCUGCCUAGAUCCCUCGGAUUGCUUUUGAAUGUAGUGUCAUUUUCUCUAAUGAGUUACUGCUGGUUGUAAGCAUGCUGUACUUCAAAGGUCAAAAGGCAUUAAUCUUUCUCUUAAGGCUUAUGUGAUGAGAAAUGUGGAUGCUGGAAUUGCUGCCAUGCAGAGACAACUGGAUCCUGGCCAUUCCUUGUCAGGGCAGCUUUAGAGCUCAUACCCAUAAAGGACUGAAGCCAAAACCCUUUUGUCAACAUUUGGAUUGAUACUGAAAGAGAAUGAGUGUGUUAUGAAAUUCUUUGCUAAUCAUGAGACUUUUCCAGCCUAAUUAUGUCAUCUGAACUUUUGAAAUCUUCUUUGUUCUGUCUGUAGGGCCAUACUGUGGUAAUGUGAUGCCAGUCCCCAAAGAAAUAAUUCUAGAUAGCAAUGAGGCAACUAUUCACUUUGAGAGUGGGUCCCACGUGUCAGGACGAGGUUUUCUGUUGUCCUAUGCCAGCAGUGAUCAUCCAGAUCUAAUCACCUGUUUGGAACGAGCAAAUCACUACACAAAGGCUGAAUUCAGCAGAUACUGUCCUGCUGGCUGCAGAGACAUAGCAGGUGACAUUUCUGGAAAUAUUGGAGAAGGAUACAGAGAUACGUCUCUGCUGUGCAAGUCUGCGAUCCACGCCGGCGUGGUGGCGGACGAGCUGGGCGGGCAGAUCAGCGUCACCCAGCACAAGGGCAUCAGCCGCUACCAGGGCGUCGUCGCCAACGGUGUCCCCUCGCUCGAUGGUUCUCUAUCAGAUAAGCGGUUUACAUUUACUUCAAAUGGCUGCAACAAAUCUCUCAGUCUGGAAGAGGGAUUCCUCUCCAAGAGCCAGGUUACUGCAUCUUCCUACUGGGAGGAGACCAAUGAGUUUGGGCAACUGCUCGUGUGGUCCCCAGACAAGGCUUGGCUACAAGUCCCAGGAUGGUCUUGGGCCUCUAACCACAGCAGCAACCGUGAAUGGCUGGAGAUAGACCUGGGAGAGAAGAAGAGAAUAACAGGGAUUAAGACCACUGGUUCUGGAUCCAUGAAUUUCAACUUUUACGUGAAGACAUUUACAAUGAACUAUAAAAAUAACAACUCAAAAUGGAGAACUUACAAAGGGAUUCUGAGCAAUGAAGAAAAGGUAUUCCAAGGCAACUCCAACUCUGCCGACGUAGUGCGCAAUAACUUCAUCCCUCCCAUAGUGGCCCGCUAUGUGCGGAUUAUCCCUCAAACCUGGAACCAAAGGAUAGCACUGAAGCUGGAGCUGAUGGGCUGUCGAAUAAUGCCAGCCAACAGCUCGUUUACGCAUUCAAUGUGGCAGAAACCGAGCCAGAGCACAGAAACCUCCCUUGGAAAAGAAGACAGGACUGUUACAGAGCCCAUCCCGUCUGAAGAAACUAACUUGGGUUUAAAGCUUACAGCUAUAAUUGUCCCCAUCCUCAUUGUGGUGUUUCUGUUCGUGUUCUCUGGAAUUUGUAUCUGCGCAGCCCUACGCAAGCGAGAAGCCAAAGGACUUUCCUAUGGAUUAUCCAGUACUCAGAAAUCAGGUUGUUGGAAACAAAUCAAGCAGCCCUUUACCAGACAUCAGUCAACUGAAUUUACCAUCAGCUAUAACAACGAGAAGGAGACACCACAAAAGCUGGAUCUGGUCACCAGCGACAUGGCAGAUUAUCAGCAGCCUCUCAUGAUCGGAACUGGGACGGUAACACGUAAAGGAUCUACUUUUCGCCCCAUGGACACCAAAGAGGAGGGAAAAAAGGGGAGUUCUGAGUUCGAAAAUCACUAUCACUGCCCUCACAGAGCUAACAGGCACGAAUAUGCUCUGCCCCUGACCAGCCAAGAGCCUGAGUACGCCACCCCCAUCAUAGAGCGGCACAUAGCAAGAGAAGGUAAUUUCCCCUCUGAGAACGGCUACAACGUUCCUGUCGCCUCAUCUCAGAUACAUUCCCUUACUGCUGGCAGCUUCUCCAGCUCUUGUAAAACCGACACCAGGAACGGAGACUAUCAGACACCCCAGAGUGUCAUAAACUAUGACAAACCCAAAGUUAAUGGUGUUCUGACCUCCGUGAGCUACAGCACAGACUACCAGAAGCCCCAGCAAACUGCUCUGGGGGGCGAGGGUUACUCCACGCCCAGGGACUGCCUAAAGCCCAUAAGCCAGACAGCAAUGACAGCUCUCUUGUGAUUUGCCGAGCAGGAGCGGCACGGUGCGCAGGAACGUCGCUGCACAGCUCUCUGAAGUGAAAACAGAGUUUGGAGGGACUCUGCUGUGGGAGGCAGAAGGCAAACAAGCCCUGUGUACAUAAUAUUGCUGUCUUGCUGGGUUCUGACAUCUGAAGAAAGCAUAUGCUGUUUAUCACUGUUUAUAGCAAGAGAGAUGUUAUCAGUGAAGACUGUACAUCUUAUUUUCUGUAACUGAUCUCAGUGCUCCAUUUGCAAUGUGUGCAAUUUGUACAUAGCUUUUAUUUAAGGAGAAUUUCUUAGGUUUCCUUUUCACCUGGGGGUUUGAAAGGAUUGCAGGAAUGCCUAUUUAAGAAAAACAGUCCUCUUUUUCUGUCUUUAUCUUACCUGCUGCUGUACUGGCAGCUGUAAAUGGUGUAUCUUAUGGUUGUGUUGAUUCAUCUCCUUUCCUGUGAUAACUGAAGAUAGGGCUGUAGUUUUAACUGGGAGGAUAGAAGUUAAAUUAUUUUCUGCAUAAUGUGCAUGAGAGAAGGCAGCUGAAUAUUUAAAUACUGUGCUCAAACACAACUUCCCAGCUGCUUUUUUAGCAGCAAUUUUCACAUGCUUGAAUUUAAUCUAGCAUAAAAGCUGAGCCCAUCAAACUUGCAAUUCAUGUUAGAAAACAGGUAGAAAUGCUGAAACUGGUUUUGGGCUCAAGCCAUGGUUAUCACUCCACAACAGGGAAAAAAAAAAACAAAAACCCAAACCAAAAAAACAAACAAAACAAACCAAAUAACAUAUCCAAUCAGUUAAUCUGGGGAAGCGCUUUUAAUUUUUUUUUUUAUUUAGGAAGUGUGUGUGUAACCAAAAUGUGAAUUUACAGCUGAGAAUUCAAUGCUGUUCAAGCCCUAGCUAAUUCUUUUGCUGCUGAAAUAUAAGGAAAUUUGUUCCUUGGCACAAAGCAGCAAACUUCCUCAACUCCUCAUUUCUCCACUAGGUAUUUUUCUGUCUUACAAAUUUAGUGUAACAUUUCUGUUAGAAGUAUUUCAACUAACUGAAACAUGGUGUGUGUAUGGGUUACUGUUGCAGUUAAAUUUGUGAGACAGCAGAUCAGCCCUGUUGUUUCUCCGAUAGUUUUUCUUUUGCAGCUAAUGUUUCCCAUAGUUCCGUUUUCAGACAAACUUGAAAAAGCUUGGGAUUGGGUGCAAUGUAUCGCACAGCAGCUGGCUCCUCUUUCAGCAGGGGCAGCCUUGGAGCAGAACAGCUUCUGGUUGUGACUGGGACCGUCCACUGCCCUUCUACCUCCAGUGCUUGGGGCAUUUCUUUGAAUUCAAAAGCUUGUCCUAAAAUGUCAAGAAGCUAUAUACUUCUGUGAAGAAAGAAUGGUGCUAUACUCAAAGCACAAGGUUGGGAAACGAGACCAGUAAAACCUGAGCUCUGGGAAAGUCGCUCUUUGAAGGCCCUCCCUUUAUUUCCUUGUAUAUAAACGGGAUCAUUUGCAAAGGAUGCAACGGAAGAUCGAUCGGAAUGCUUUCGGAUCUCUGGGUGGAAAGUGCUGUUAGAGGACAGGCUGGUUGCAGUGGUACUGCUCACAAAUACUGCUAACUCCAGCCAGAGCCGGACUUAAGGCAAGCUCUGAGUGGGUUCUUUGCAUACCCUUGUUCUGCGGCCUCAGGUGGUGCCAUUCCCUGCACUGCCGCUCCGUGCAUGCGAUUCCCGUGCAAAGAAGAAAGAGUCAAGGUAACCUCGUAGCCUUCCUGUGUUUGCUGUCAAUACAGUUUCUGUGAAAUGUCUAAAACACCUCAGGUCCUGAAGUGAAACAGCAGCAGCCUGUUUGUUAGACCGAGCUGGGCGGUGUUGUUUACCUUCUGUUGUUUACAUGUCUGUGUAAAUAAAGAACACUGGUAUUUGUAAAUCA